CAGUGCCCCACAAAUCCAUCUGCAAUCGUGAACGACACACAGGUUCUUCUCUCUCUCCGUGACAGGCUUGGCAUCAAAGUGUGGAACGAGACUGCCGAUCCAAGAGCAUGGCGGGGAGUGGAGUGGAGCUCGGACAACCAAGUGGAGGGCCUCGCUCUGUCCAGGUUUAAUCUCUCGGGAGUUUUUCCUGCCACCUGGGCCGAGCUUCCAUCGCUGGCUCGCCUGGACCUCUCGCAAAACGGCCUCUCCUCGCUGGAAGUCCCUUGCAAAAAUACGCAGCUCAACCUCCUCAACUUGAGCUCCAAUUCCCUGCAAGAGUUCCCCGGAAAUCUCUCCAACCUCAAGAGUUUGGAAAGCCUGGACCUCAGUGGGAACUUCUUAACAGUGGCCGGACUCCCAAAGUUUAGCUUGACGCUGCGAUCGCUCAACCUGUCCAUCAACAACUUAACUGGGAGCUUUUCCAUUGGUGGUAACCUGGGACUGGAGGCACUGGAACUCUCGCAGAACGGACUCAGCGGCUCCAUUCCAGAAACUUUCGGGGAGAUGACGAACUUGAAGCGCCUGGACAUAUCGUAUAACAGGUUUAGAGGAGAUCUACCCGAUAUUUGGAGCAAGAACUUGGAGCUCAGGUACAUGCGUAUCUCCAACAAUUCGCUCCAUGGUGGUUUGCCACCGAGCUUGAGAAGGCUACGCAAGCUCUCUGUUUUACGCGCUGCAUACAACUCUCUCUCCGGGCCACUGGAGCUGGAAGAUGGCAACUUUGCAAGCAUCGAGGUUUUGAACCUCGGGCUAAACGGGUUUAGCGGAACGAUCCCGGCUACGCUGGGAAGCUUGAGGAACUUGAAGAUCCUGGUUCUCACGGGGAAUCAUUUUAGUGGCGCCAUACCACUGGAGCUUGGAAACUGGUCGAACAUCAGAGAGAUAUGGCUUGACAGCAAUAACUUGACUGGAACAAUCCCAGGCGAGCUCUCGAAGCUCUCGCAUCUCCAGAAGCUGGUUCUCACGGGGAAUCGUUUUAGUGGCGCCAUACCGUCGGAGCUUGGAAACUGGUCGAACAUCAGGGAGAUAUGGCUCAACAGCAAUAACUUGACUGGAACAAUCCCAGGCGAGCUCUCGAAGCUCUCGCAUCUCCAGAAGCUGGUUCUCACGGGGAAUCGUUUUAGUGGCGCCAUACCGUCGGAGCUUGGAAACUGGUCGAACAUCAGGGAGAUAUGGCUCAACAGCAAUAACUUGACUGGAACAAUCCCAGGCGAGCUCUCGAAGCUCUCGCAUCUCCAAAGGGUGGUUCUCACGGGGAAUCGUUUUAGUGGCGCCAUACCUCCGGAGCUUGGAAACUGGUCGAACAUCAGGGAGAUAUGGCUCAACAGCAAUAACUUGACUGGAACAAUCCCAGGCGAGCUCUCGAAGCUCUCGCAUCUCCAGAAGCUGGUUCUCACGGGGAAUCGUUUUAGUGGCGCCAUACCUCCAGAGCUUGGAAACUGGUCGAACAUCAAAGAGAUAUGGCUCGAUAGCAAUAACUUGACUGGAACAAUCCCAGGCGAGCUCUCGAAGCUCUCACAUCUCCAGCAGCUGGUUCUCACGGGGAAUCGUUUUAGUGGCGCCAUCCCAGGCGAGCUCUCGAAGCUCUCGCAUCUCCAAAGGGUGGUUCUCACGGGGAAUCGUUUUAGUGGCGCCAUACCUCCGGAGCUUGGAAACUGGUCAAACAUCAGGGAGAUAUGGCUCAACGGCAAUGAUUUGACUGGAACAAUCCCAGGCGAGCUCUCGAAGCUCUCACAUCUCCAGCAGCUAGUUCUCAGCAGUAACGACAUCGGUGGGGAGCUCCCUUCCGGACUCUCCAACUGCACUGAGCUCGUCGUUCUCUGGCUGGGGCAGAACAAGUUCUCUGGAAAUCUCCCUGACAGCUUCGGGAAUUUGAGCCGCCUGCUCCUUCUGUCGCUUUCCAGCAACGAUCUUGUCGGUUCAAUCCCGGCCAUAUUGCAAAACAUGUCGUCUCUGCAGUUCCUCUUCCUCUCAAACAACAGCUUCAGCGGCUCCAUACCGGACUGGCUUCCCAGGCUCACGAACUUACGAGCCAUGGACUUCUCGGUUAACAGGUUCUCUGGGGAGAUGCCAGAAAGCAUUGGCCGACUGUUUGCCAACGUCCAGCUUUACAACAAGAACAAACGGUCUGUGAUGAUUCAAACCACGCGAGGACUCCUCUACAACGGCUUCGCCUUCCCGACCUCCAUAGACUUCUCCUUCAACCAGCUGACUGGAAGCAUUCCAGCUGCCAUUGGCGACCUCUACAAGCUCCAGGUGCUGCACCUGAGCCACAACCAGCUAACAGGUCCCAUUCCCGAGUCCCUGGGGAAGGCAAGGAAUCUCUCCUGGGUGGGGCUCGCAAGCAAUCGUCUCAAUGGCUCCAUACCAUCGUCCGUGGCGGACCUCUCGUUUCUCACCAUCUUCGACGUCUCCAACAACAGCCUGGUGGGACGGAUACCUGACAGCCCACAACUCUCGUCCAUGGACGCGGCUCUCUUCGCUGGGAAUCACCUCUGUGGCUUGCCACUGACCAACACCUGUUCGAGCACUGCUAUGCCGCCACAUAAGCUUAGAACAGAGGGACAAGGUGGUAGCGAACAGGACCAAAGAGAGGUGAUAGCACUUGUCAGCGUUGGCAUCUUCGUGGCAGCCUUCUUCAACGCGUUCUUCUGGACCUACUUUGCGGCAAACCGCAGAGCUCAUUCCCAGCUCUGUGGAUGCUGGCAAUCAAAUCUCUAGCUCGUCCACCAUGUUGCUGCCGUCCUUUCUACCUUCCAGUUUGUAAUCCAUCACGACUGCUUGAUGAAGUGAACUCUUCUUAUCCGCU